AUAUAAUCACAAUUGCUGAAUCACAACAGAAGUUACCUCAGGGCACUUUUCAUAUAGAGUAGGUCUAGACCGUACUCUUUAGAUUAUUAUAAUUGCAGGUCCCACCAUGAGCAAGCACUAGGCGACAGAGGCGACAGUGACCUUGGAGGGGACAUGGGGAAAAUCAGCAAGCAAGUGAAAGUUAAAAGUUACUUAAGCAAUCUCUAUUAGUGUGUUUAGGUGGUGUGAAUAAGUUACAUUCGGCAAGCUGUGGUGCUACCUGUGUGUGUCCCCAUCCCUUGUUGUGUGUGUGUAUUGCUGUGAAGAAGAUGAUGUGUAAUAUUUCAGCUUACUCAAAGCUCCGCAGCAGUGAACUGUUUUCACUUUGUUCUUCACUGCUUUAUGAAAAAUACAGGAGGAGAUUAGUGCCGGCAGUGGUUGUACUUGAUGAACAGAAAUCUGUCAUUUUCAUGUUGAAUUGCUGAAUAUAAAACAAAGCAGCUGAUAAUAUAAGGGCACAAGGCAUUGGGAAACAAAUUUGAAUUUAUAGCAAGAUACAGUCAGUAAUAUUUUCAUCUAAUUCCAAGCCACUGCAUUCUAUUUUAGAUUAGACUGCGUUACAAAUCCUUAAUUUUAAUUCAUUUAUUCUAGAAAUCAAUUUGCUUUUUAAUAUUUAACAGCUCAGUGUGAGCAUGACACUGUCAGAUUUCUGCAAUUCAAAUGAAGCCAUCUCUGGUAGCACUGAUCUCUUUCCAUAAAAAGACGCCGAGUUGUCAUACAUUGCGUUUUAAAGAGGUACGAGCAAAACUUUACGUCCCGAAACAUUAUGGAGCUGUUUUUUUUUUCAGGAGGGCGAGACCACACUUGGUUCUAUGCUAUAUCUUUUGGGUGGUCCAAUUGGGUGUCACUGGGAGGUUAAAUUAGGGAUAAAACAAGCAAGCUGUCCAGGGCUGGAUGUCCUCUCUUUACCCCCCGACACAUUUGCGGGAGUGCGCAGUGCCAGGCCGGGCCAGCAGCAGCAGCAGUCGACGCAUCAUCACACGUACUUUACGCACACUGGAUGAACGGAGGCAGAGACCCGGUGGAGGAUGAUGCUUACACCGGCUCAGAAGGGCUUUCUCUCUGGGUUUAUUUACCAGGUAGCUGCGGUAUGGUGGCCGGUACUGGUGUAAAAUGCACUGGAGCAGACCGGGUGUGCUGGUCGGCCUAGCUGAGCUCGGCUGCUGCUGCUCGUCUUCGCCUCUCCCAUUUCUAUUCUAGUACUUUUUAUUGCAGCGUUAUUAUUUCCAGGUCAAAAUCUCAGUUUCCUGUGCGGCUUGUUUGUACUAAAAAUGGCCGGAGAUGGCGGCGCUCUGAAGGAUAUCAAUGAGAUUAAAUCCCAGUUCCGGACCAGGGAGGGCUUCUACAAGCUGCUCACCCUCUCAGACUCGCAGCAGCGGGGCGGACUGCCGCGGGGUCCAUCCGCCGGAGCCACGCUGGGCCCAGGGCCUGGACCCGGUCCGAUACCCGGCGGAGGGGUCGGGCUGCUGCAGGGGCCCGGGGCUGCCGCCGCAGCUGCCGCUGCCGCCGCCGCCUCCUCUUCUUCCAAUGCCGCGGCCAACUCCUCACCGGCAGGCUUUCUGCCGCCGGUUCGGGUCUCUAUGGUCAAGCUGCAGCCCGAAGACCCGAGCGAGGAGUCGGAGCGGGUGUGCUUCAACAUCGGCAGGGAGCUGUAUUUUUACACGUACACCAACAUCAAGAAGGCCGUAGACCUCAGUAAGCCAAUAGACAAGAGAAUCUACAAGGGGACUCAGCCAACAUGUCACGAUUUCAACCAGUACUCUGCCACAGCAGAGAGUGUAGCUCUCAUCGUGGGUUUCUCGGCUGGACAAGUCCAGUAUCUCGACCCCAUCAAGAAGGAAACCAGUAAACUCUUCAAUGAGGAGAGGUUGAUAGACAAAUCCAAGGUGACGUGUCUAAAAUGGCUUCCCAAGUCUGACAACCUGUUCUUGGCCUCCCAUGCCAGUGGCCACCUCUACCUCUACAACGUAGACCACCCAUGUGGCACCACAGCCCCGCAGUACUCUCUGCUGCGGCAGGGUGAAGGCUUUGCCGUCUACGCCUGUAAAACCAAGACGCCGCGCAAUCCACUGUUGCGAUGGGCCGUGGGCGAGGGGGGCCUCAAUGAGUUCGCUUUCUCCCCAGAUGGCGUGCAUGUGGCGUGUGUUGGGCAGGACGGCUGCCUGCGCGUCUUCCACUUUGACUCAAUGGAGUUGCAGGGGGUGAUGAAGAGCUACUUUGGCGGGCUGUUGUGCGUGUCGUGGAGCCCCGACGGGAAAUACCUCGCCACAGGUGGAGAGGAUGACCUGGUUACUGUCUGGUCAUUUGCAGAAAGCCGAGUGGUAGCAAGAGGGCAUGGCCACAAGUCAUGGGUCAACGUGGUGGCAUUUGACCCCUUCACAACUUCCUUGGAAGAUGAUGAGCCUAUGGAGCUUAGUGGCAGCGAGGAGGACCUCCACCAGGGGGCGCCAAACAACUCCAUGCACUUCGGCCGGGUCCGAACAAGCAGCACGUUGUCACGUCUAUCUCGGCACAGCUCUAAAGGUGGUGGUUCGGCGUCAGUCACAUACCGGUUUGGCUCGGUGGGGCAGGACACCCAGUUCUGUCUGUGGGACUUGACGGAUGAUGUGUUGUACCCACGCCUGCCGCUGUCCCGCGCCUUUACUAACACUUUUGGACCCUCACUGUCCAACUCUGGCAGCGGGGUGGUCAACAGCACCUCAGGUGGGGGAGGAGGUGGAGGGGUUGAGGGGCACCAUCACCCACCUAACACCAACACCGGCACCUCCAACCCACCGACGCUCCCUUUACCGCUCCCUCGCUCUCUUUCACGCUCCAACUCCCUGCCCCACCCCGCCGUGGCAAACACCUCCAAGGGCCAGGGUGCCUCGGAGGGCAGUGGGGGAGGGGGAGGAGGGGGAGGGAGCAGCGGCGGAGGAAACAGCACCCCGUUCAGCAUUGGCCGCUUUGCCACGCUGUCGCUCCAGGAGCGCAAGUCGGACAAGUCCGGUGGUAGCGGUGGGGUGGAGAAGGAGCACAAGCGGUACCACAGCCUGGGCAACAUCAGCAAAAGCAACGACAAGAUCAAUGUGGCGCCAAGGAGCAACCGGCUGGACGCUGCUAAGGUCCUGGGCACCACGCUGUGUCCACGCAUGCAUGAGGUGCCGCUGCUGGAGCCGCUGGUGUGCAAGAAGAUUGCACAUGAGAGGUUGACUGUCCUCGUGUUCAUGGACGACUGCAUCAUCACAGCCUGCCAGGAGGGCCUCAUCUGCACCUGGGCACGGCCAGGGAAGGCGAACUUGACAGCACAGAACGGGAACUCUCCGAGCGGCACAGUGGUAUAGCUGGAGGAGAAGCUUUGCACUCAUCCCUCCAUCUCCUCCCCUGUUCUUGUCGUCUUCACUCUGUCUGACACCCUCUCCAUUGAUUCUCAAAAAUGUCAGAAUUUGGGGCCAACAACCAGAGACUGUACCCAACCUACUACUGCAGUAUUAUACCCUCACUAUAACUCUCUGUACUUGCCAUGUCCCAAAACCUGUCCCCUAUUGAUUUUACUCUCACGGCGGCGAGUGUUUGUUGUGAAACACUUCUGAAACUAACACCAUUUCAACAGAUUUAUGAAGUUCACAGACAGCUGGCAGUUAUGAGAAUAAUUACACUAAUAACACUUGAAUAAAAGAAAGACACCAGCUAGCAUAGUGACAAUAGUGUACUUGUCAGUUGGCAGUUUCAGUGUGACAGAGCCACCAUGCUCAAAGUCAGGUUAGUAAAGAAAUGGGUUUUCCCAGUUGGGUGUGGGAAAACUUGACUGGUCUGCACAGAGCCUUGACCUCAACCUCAUCCGACACCACUGAGAUGAACUGAGACAUCGACUGUGAGCCAGGCCCUAUCAACCAGCGUCAGUGUUGGACCUCAUUAAUUCUCUUGUGGCUGAAUUGGAGCAAAUCCCUGCAGCCGGGUUCCAAAAUCCUAGCCUUUCCAGCAGAGUGGAAGCUGUCAUAGCUGCAGAUUACGGCCAACUGUUGAUGUUAAGCAAUCGCGAAUGGGUGUAAUGUUCGGGUGUCGACAUACUUUUGGCCAUAUAAUAUGUUUUAAAGUUGAACAUUGAUUUUUAUCUGUCCUACAAAGGCAAUGGUAGUAAUUAUUUAGUGUUUUGUUCAACCUUGCCCAUUAUAAAGCUCAGUUUUCAAACUUAUCCAAAAAAAAAAAAAAGUGGGUUGUUUUUCAGUAAUCUUCCACCUUUAAAGUGUUAAGCUAGGUUAGUUUCAUCAGCCAGACUUUAAUAGACAUUUACCAAAAAACAGAAACAAAUAUUUUGACUUCAAUGUAACUUUAGAUCUAUCAGGCAUUCCUUUACAUUUGUAGUAAGAAAUGUGAAAUGACCGAAUCCUGAUAUUUUCAUGCUGGUUGGCAGCAGUUAAGAGCUACACUGUGCUUGGUUCUCAGGAGGAGUUUCCUACCUCGUGCCACCGUGAGAGUACUGUUUACUCCCAGUGCUUCAGCCCUCUGCCUUCACCCCACCCCUCUGUGUUUCUCAGCAGAAAGACUGCAUCAAACAAAUCAUUUAUCCUGUCUGUGUGAUACCCUGAAGGAGUGAACAGUGGGCCAGGCUCGGUCUUCAUUCGCUCUUCAGCCCCGCCUUCAUCCGAUCCCUCCCUUUUCCCCUUCAUGCAAAAGACACUGCAAAAGCCACGGCCAUUGUAUUUAAGUUAUUUAUUUUAUCACAAGACUGUGUAGUAAUUUAUACUGUAAAUACUGAAAAUACUCUAUAAAUACAAAAAGGACAAACGUGUAUGGAAAUAAUAACAGCAAGGAAGUGAAGAAAAAGCAGGAAAGAUGAAGAAUAUUAAUAUAUGAAGAUCCUUCUAUUGUACAUAGCAACCACAGUUAAAAAUUGAAUGUCUGCUGUUUUAGGGAACUUGAAGAUGUCAAUGUGUUUUUAUUUUGUGUGAUAGAGUUUCUCCAGUUUGUCCCUGAAAAGUGAGCUGGGUUUAAUCCGUCAGUGGAGGCGGAAGCAUUUCGGGUCCAGUGUGACUUUUUAGAGAGACAGACCUGAGUCGAGCACAGAGAGCAAUCCUCAAAGUGGCUGCUGGCUGUAUAUUUCAGCUGACUGUCCCAAGUUAAUAGGUCCAAAUAAUACUAAUUCUGCUGAACAUCAUACAUGGACAAACAGCAUCUUUAAAAAAAUAACUUGCUCACGAACAAACACACACUCUUGCACAUUCCGAACGUGAAAUGGCUCACACAAACAUGCACGCACAUAAACACACACACAAACACAAUCCCCUUAUGGUGUAGCAUCAUAUAAACUGUGUCUUGGACUCCAUUCCUGAUGCACCUGAAUUGCCUCUUGCAAAAAUUUGCACAUACAAUAAAUCCACAGUCCACCCUGAGCUGACAUGGCUGACAUUAGGGGGUGUUGUUGUCUUGUUUGAUCUGACCUCUGUGCAGAAACAACUCUCAUAACCCCACCAUGCACUGGAUGUGUUCGGUACAGAGGGUCUACAAGAGGAAACAGCUCUAUGUCGAGAUUUGGGUUUAUUCCCUUUGUUUGACUGAAUUCAGAAUUUACCUCUGUAGGGUUGGGUGUCAUUUAGAUUGAUAUAGAUUUCAGUUCUGCUCAUCACUUCUGGUGCUUAUCUAACCUUUGUCCAGAUCUCUGACAGAUUAUUUUAGUUAGGAAAGAAGCCAAAAUAUGUUGCAAACAAUAACCAGGUUUGGGCUGCCUGCCAUAAACCUGCCAAAAAGUAUUCUGUGAUUAUUUUUGGUUGAAGAGUAGAAUAAAAGAAAAAAAAAUAAAACAUUCUCACUCCUGGCAUACACAAGUUCAGUGUUUGCAGUUUUACCUUUGUUUUUUACUGGAGCUGGACAUGGAAAGAUUAGCUUAUUUUAGGCAUUAUAAAUGUAAGAGGGGUUAUUAAAUCCAGAGUAAAUAUCCAUUUUGCUUUAAACUUCAUAAUCUAAUCUGACAUUGUGCUUAUGUUGGCUGAGGUUUGGGAAGGGUUAUUCUUUUUCUCUAACCAGUCAGCAGUGACUGACAAAUCUGUCAGUUUCAGUCCACACAGAAGCUGCAACAGCAGCUGCCUGAAGCAGCCAAUGUUUUUCUGUCUGUGCCAAUAUGAGAGUUAUUACCCAUGCUAGCAGGAAGGGAUGGUAAUGUCUGUAUGUUGGUUGGUCAGGCAGUUCACCACUUUGGUCUAGGAUGAAAAUAAACAACUACUGGUUGGAUUGCCAUGAAAUUUUAUAUAGACAUUCAUUACUUAAUCUUUUGUGUCACUAAGACAGAUUUUUGAGUGCUCACUCCUGUCCACCAUGUUGUAAACAUGAUACUUACUUUAUGUUAUGUUACACCCAGCAUUCUCAGGAGUCAAUAUGAGGAAUUGGAAAAUACCAGUCAUUGGUUGUUAGAAAUAUGGAACAGGUUUGAAUUCAGAGCCAGUUCUCGACACACAACUCUGCCUCACCGCUAAUCAACGGGCCUGUAUGAAUGGGAUCUAGGUCCUUCUAUGUACUGACUCCUGACUUGCAUGUAUGAUAGUUCAAAGCCAACUGAAAGCUCUUAAUGCAGUAUACCAGCAGUAUUUUAUUUUUAUCAGCCUUUGUGUUUGUUCUGUGUGUGUGUAAGAGAGAGAAAGAGAGUUACCUGUCUGACAGUACAUCCUAUAAAUAACAGCAACUUCCUGGACUGCAGGAGUCAGGGUUAUGCCCUUGAAGCAACAGACAAACCACCAAUUUCCUUGCACUGUGUUUGCGACGGUGUUUAGGGUAUUGUUGCAGCUCAUAUAUUCAUCUUCGUUGUCAUAGCAACAGCACGUCUACCAAGUGUAUCUUGAAUGAGCUCAUGGGCUUUAGGGUCACUCUUGGCCGCAGGGCUAAAUGAAUGCUUUGUCACGUCUGAGAUAGGAGGAAAACCUAGAUCUGCUCUCUACAGAUGUUAAAGGAACAGUUCACCACAAUAUGAAAAUUAUCCAGCUCGACCUUCUCUGGAAAUAUUUAAGUUACCACAGACAGAUUUUUUAAGGUAGAAUCUCUUCAAAGAGGUUGUGCAGCUUAAUCCAUGUGCUCCAUGAGAGCCAUCCUCUGCUUCACCUCUUUCUCAUUACCACGUCUCAGUUUGUUCUGUUUUUGUUUUCCCCUAAGUCUGAGUUUUUGUGUAAUCGCAGGCUUUGUGUUAAAAUGCGUAAAAUAAAAUGUGAGUCUGGGGAAGCUAAAUUCAGUCACGUGCACGUAUCUAGACAUAAUCAGGAGGUAUUGUAUUUGAAUUGGGGUCUGCACAUGGCCAUGGAUUUUUCUCGCAGUAUACUCAACAACAACUAGUCUCACACCAGAGCAUUGUCUGUGAAGAAAGUCUGUAUGAGGUAAAUAUGUGAGUUUUGGUUAUUUAGUUAUUUAGCCACAAAACACUUGUCUUAUGCUGCACAAGCUGUUUGAAGGAAUUUGAGUGUGACUUUGUAGUCCUGUCAAAGUGAGACGAAAAAAAUGAGAAGACAAUAACUGAACUGUUAUUUCAAUUUUAAAAAUAUUUCUUAUUUACCUGCUAAACUCAAGAGGCCUGUAAAAAUUAUCCCAGACACUAGAAAAACAAGGUAGGAGUAAGAGGAACUGAAGGGCUAAAAUAGAAAUGACUGCAUAUGUAAAGAGAUUAGUCGGCACAAAUCUCUGACCCUUUGCUUGUAUGUUUGUAUGUUGCACUCAAAAAUUAUAAAUCAAACUUUUCAGAAGGAAGAAAGUAAUCUGUUUUCCCUCAGACUGUAUAUUUUUGUGUUGGGAGUGCAACCUCACCUCAAAACCUUCUGUUCUCAUCACUAUUACAUUUUUAAGCCUGUCAAAGGUUACUGGAGGUUAAUCAUGCAGAGAAAGCAGCAGAUGAACUGCUCUGCCUAGUUUCACCUGACUCUUGGAGAGCAGGACACAAACACACAGGCUGCAGAACACUGCAGCAGGAUGAUGGUGGUGGUAAUGAAGGUCAUUGUAAAAUAAUGAGUGAGGAUCCUGCUUCAUUAAUAAAUACUAUCCUGCUUUACAAAUACAACAUUCGCUGUGUUCAGACUGCAAUCAAUUUGUCGUCCAAUGACAGAAGUUACAUUCUGUGAUUUCUAAACAGCUGCAACUAGCUUGAUCUCUGUGCUUUAUUCUGUGAAAGAAGCACUGGGAUCCUUUAGACGGAUGGUGAAUGUUUAGCUGAUACAUUUUGGGUUUGAUGUUUUACUGUUUAACCAGGUCUAACUAGGAGAGGUCAAGAACAGAGUAAAUACUACAUGCUUACGCUAAUAAUAAUUUAGGUAAAGGGAAAAUGAUUGUAUUCUUUGGACUGCAGAGGCAUUGGUGGGGCUGUGUGAACUGAACUCAGAAAAAAGGCUUUGAUCACAGGAACAGCUGCAGCUCCGCACAGCUGAGUGCUGCAACUUGAGUAAAUUCAAUAAUUCACCUCUCACCUCUACAAAUAGUUGUGUCCAGGCUGUCCACAAGCAGAAAGUACAAAGACAAACUCUGCUGAGUCAAGUGAGACAAGAAUCUGAGCCAACAUUACUCUCAAAAAUAACUUAGGAUGCCACAAUGAAACACUGAAAACUAAAAGCCCCGGCAGUGUUUUCCUCUUAAUGCCUUGUUCUGCACAGAAGCAGCUCAAACAUUCAGUCCCAGGGAAGAAAUACCAUUCCAAAUAUGGUGUUCAAUUUGUGUUCAUUUUUUAUUUCAUAUUUCAGUCUGAAGGAAGAUGAAAAGACACUGUUAAAAAGCUUUUUUUUUUUUUUUUUUAAUUUUUACACUGUUUUUUCUUGUUUCUCCGUGUGUGUAAGUGUGUGUGCAUGUGUAAAAUAUGCAUUCUCCAUUAUCACAGUACAGUUACCACAUGCACGGGCCGACACACACAAACACACACAGCAUCACACAUGCUCUCACACACUUAAUGCCUGUUCUGGUGGAAGUUAUAACAGCAGAAUGACGUCACUGUAUCCAGUUUGUAUAUGGAGAUCUGUUAUUAAAACGUUAAAGCUGAAACUGUCA